AUGGGUAAAAACACCACUUCCAACUCCGAGGCGAAAAAGGCUAGAGCAUUACGGGGAGAUCCAAGUUGGACAACUACUUUUUGUAUCCUUUGUGUGGAACAGAUUGAAGCCGGGAAUAGAACAAAAGGUGUUGCCUUUAGUCCCAAAGGUUGGAUCAAUUUGGUGACCAAAUUUUAUGAUGAGACCGGUCUAAACUAUGAUAAGGACCAAUUAAAAAGUAGUUGGGAUGUAUUAAAACUUGAUUGGAGAAUGUGGGAAAAAUUGAAGAGUCUUGACACAAGUUUAGGUUGGGAUGCAGUGAAGGGAGCAAUUGAUGCUAGUGAUGAUUAG